AUGGCGCAAAAAUCAUCGAAACUCGUGGAUAACGACCAGAUCCAAACGGCGAGCCUCCACAACCCCUUGCCGGUCUUCCUCAAAGCCUACGUAUGGCCUUUCACUAUCCUAUGGCCGAUCUUCUUUGCAUUCUACCUAAACGAGGACCUUUACGAUGAUUAUAUCGAUGGCUCGGAAUGGACAUUUGUCUAUGUCGCAACAAUCGUUACACUCCAAUCUUUGACUUGGCUCUCAACAAAAUGGAGUGUUCACUUGAAGACUGUGUUCACCAUGACCAAAGCUACAAAAGUCGAGGAGGCCAAGUUGAUUAAGGUCAUUCCCGUGGUUAACUCGGGUGCAUCAGCGAUCUGCAAAUUGGAGCGGGAGCCGGACGGAAGAACCUCGUUCCUUUUUCAGAAGAGACGAUUUCUCUACUCACCAGAAAAGGGAACCUUCGCACCUCUAUCCUAUGCGCUUGAUGCCGAGAAGAAGCCCUUCCUCCGAGAAUUUCAACUAUCGCGGGGUCUUACCUCUGACGCCGAGAUUGAGACGGUCCACAAACAUUAUGGAGACAAUACAUUUGACAUACCUGUUCCAACAUUUACGGAGCUGUGGAAAGAGCAUGCUGUCGCGCCAUUCUUCAUUUUCCAAGUAUUUUGCGUUGGUCUCUGGUUGCUCGAUGACUAUUGGUACUACUCGCUGUUCACGCUGUUCAUGCUUGUAGCUUUUGAGAGCACAGUGGUCUGGCAAAGACAGCGGACAUUGAAUGAGUUUCGAGGAAUGAGCAUCAAGCCGUAUGAUAUCUGGGUGUACCGUGUCAACAAGUGGGUCGAGAUCAAGAGCGACAAACUGCUACCCGGCGAUCUCGUGUCGGUGGGGCGAACACAAGAAGAUUCAGGAGUUGCCUGCGACAUGCUUCUUAUUGAAGGGACUGCCAUUGUGAACGAGGCUAUGCUGUCGGGAGAGAGCACGCCACUUCUCAAGGAGUCAAUUCUUCUACGCCCCGCAGACGCGACAAUCGAACCAGAAGGAUUGGAUAAGAAUGCUUUUCUCUGGGGAGGUACAAAGGUCCUUCAGAUAACCCAUCCCGCGGCCAGCGAGGAAGCACCGGAAGCCGUUCCGCAGUUGCGCUCGGGUGUCCCUCCACCACCUGACAAUGGUGCCAUGGCGGUUGUGCUCAAGACCGGGUUCGAAACCAGUCAAGGAAGUCUCGUGCGGACCAUGAUCUACUCAACAGAGCGUGUCUCUGCCAAUAACGCCGAGGCCCUGAUCUUCAUUCUCUUCCUUCUGAUCUUUGCGCUUGCGGCCUCGUGGUAUGUGUGGCAGGAAGGGGUCAAGAACAACAGAAAGCGAUCCAAGCUCCUGCUCGACUGCAUCCUGAUCGUCACAAGUGUCGUGCCGCCUGAACUGCCUAUGGAGUUAUCCUUAGCGGUCAACACCAGCCUGGCAGCGCUCAGCAAAUUUGCCAUCUUCUGCACAGAACCCUUCCGAAUCCCAUACGCCGGACGUGUGGACGUCGCUUGUUUCGACAAGACUGGGACGUUGACCGGCGAGGAUCUCGUCGUUGAUGGUAUCGCCGGUCUUGGCCUGGGGAAGAAGAGUGCCCAAAUCGAAGCGGACGGUGCGCAGUCCUCAGUCACCAAGGUCCCAGACUGCGGCAUUCAUACCACACUGGUUUUGGCAACCGCUCACGCCUUGGUCAAACUGGAGGAAGGGGACAUUGUCGGUGAUCCUAUGGAAAAGGCCACACUCAACGCUCUAAACUGGACCCUUGGCCACAACGACACUUUGAUCAGCACUCCUCCGCCCAAAUCGAAGAAACCCAAACCAUUCUCGACAGCGGGUGCCUCGCAUGUCGUUCAAAUCAAACGACGGUUUCAAUUCUCGUCGGCUCUCAAGCGUAUGAGUUCUGUGGCUACAGUUCUGAUGACUGAUCCCAACUCUGGUCGGAAGGCGAAGGGCACUUUUGUGGGUGUCAAAGGCGCUCCGGAAACUAUCCAAAAGAUGCUCGUUGAGACACCGCCAAAGUAUGAGGAGACGUUCAAGUACUUUACACGCAACGGAGCCCGGGUGCUAGCUCUUGGGUACAAAUACCUCUCGACCGAGGCUGAGAUAGGCCAGAAGCGCAUCAAUGAUCUCAAACGCGAAGAGGUCGAGCGUGAUCUACACUUUGCGGGUUUCUUGGUUCUUCAGACUCCCCUAAAGGAAGAUGCGAUCAGGGCCAUUCAGAUGCUGAACGAGAGCAGUCACCGCGUUGUGAUGAUCACCGGAGACAACCCGCUGACCGCUGUUCAUGUUGCCAGAGAGGUCGAGAUCGUCGACCGCGACUGUUUGAUUCUGGAUGCUCCGGAGCACGAUGACUCGGGGACCAAACUCGUCUGGCGCAGCGUUGACGAGAAAACCAUCAUCCCUGUUGACCCCACGGCCGAUCUGGAUCCGAAGAUUCUUGAGACCAAGGACUUAUGCGUUACUGGUUAUGCACUUGCCAAAUUCAGCGGCCAAAAAGCAUUCAUGUCGUUGCUGAGACAUACCUGGGUCUACGCCCGAGUCUCGCCGAAGCAGAAGGAAGAGAUUUUGAUCGGUCUCAAAGACCAAGGCUACACUACGCUGAUGUGUGGCGACGGGACGAACGAUGUCGGCGCGCUGAAGCAGGCCCACAUUGGCGUGGCUCUCCUCAAUGGCUCCCAAGACGCCCUCAACAAGAUCGGUGAACAUUUCCGGACCACGAAAAUGAAGGAGAUAUAUGAAAAGCAAGUGCAGCUGAUGCAAAGAUUCAAUCAGCCGCCUCCGCCGGUGCCCAUCGGAAUUGCACACCUCUAUCCGCCUGGCCCGCGAAAUCCUCACCAUGAAAAGGCAGUCAAGAAAAUCGCCGAGCAAAAAGGUAUCAAUCUGGAGAAUGGCGACGCUGAGAAUGGCACUGUGGAGACCAUCACCUCACCUGGUGCUCAAGCAAUCCAACAGUCGAACGCCAACUUGACACCCCAGCAACGACGCCAACAAGAAGCACAACAGAAGGCGGCAAACUGGGCGGACAAGUUUACCUCUAGCAUGAUGGAAACUGAACUUGAUGAUGGCGAGCCACCUACAAUCAAACUGGGUGAUGCCUCCGUUGCAGCUCCGUUUACCAGCAAGCUGGCCAACGUUAUAGCAAUCCCCAACAUCAUCCGGCAGGGUCGAUGCACCCUUGUGGCGACCAUUCAGAUGUACAAGAUUCUCGCUCUCAACUGUUUGAUCAGCGCCUACAGCUUGUCUGUCAUCUACCUGGCAGGCAUCAAGUUCGGCGAUGGUCAGGUGACCAUCAGCGGAAUGUUGAUGUCCGUGUGCUUCCUUUCUAUCUCCCGGGCCAAACCUGUGGAAGCGCUUUCGCGAGAACGACCACAGCCGAACAUCUUAAAUGCCUAUAUCCUUGGAUCGGUACUCGGGCAAUUUGCAAUCCACUGCGCGACUCUGAUCUAUCUUUCCAACGUUGUCUAUUCAAUCGUCCCGCCAUCCGAUGAGAUCGACCUCGAAGGCGAAUUCGAACCUUCGUUGCUCAACAGCGCCGUCUAUCUCAUGCAACUGAUCCAACAAGUGUCCACCUUUGCAAUCAAUUACCAAGGACGGCCUUUUCGCGAAAGCAUCCGGGAGAACCGAGGUAUGUACUGGGGACUUUUGGCGUGCUCGUUUGUGGCCUUUGCGGGAAGUACCGAGUUCUUGCCGGAGCUCAGCGAGAAGUUACGUUUGGUGCCGUUCACCAGCGAGUUCAAGUGGGCCCUGACAACUCUGAUGGUUGCUGACUUUGUGGGAUGUUGGAUUGUGGAGCAAAUAUUCAAGUACUUGUUCAGCGACUUCCGUCCCAAGGAUAUUGCCAUCAAGCGACCCGAUCAGGUUGAACGAGACGACAAGCGCAAGAGGGAGCUCGCGGCAAAGGCGGAGCAGGAACGGAUCGAGGAGAUUGAGAGGAAGCGGGGUGUGGCCAACAACACAGCUCCGCCAACGACGACCAAGGGGGCAAGAUAG